CUUCUAGUACAAGCACUGCUUGCUAGCUUCUUAUACAUAAGUCGCACACCACUACCACACAGACUAGACAGCCAUGGACAACGCGGGUUGGCAUGCCCAACGCAGAGCUGAAAGGGAUUCAUAUCGCUAUUUCUCUCGUCGCCAUAGAGGCUCAGAUGGCCAGUACGUUCCUGAGGUGGUGGUGGGACCGCUACCAAGUGGGCAAUAUACGACACAGUCGCCACCCGAGCUUGCCCCCCGGCCUUCCAAUGUCAGCGACUCCGCCACGCAUAGGGUGGGCUUGGCACAGCUCCCCCCUGCUGAACGCGCCAGGGCACAGAGAAUCCCGCAAAUGGAUCCGGUUCUUCAGUUUAUGGUCGGUCCGCUGUUACGAUACGAUACGGUUGACAUGAAUGGCGUCUGGCAUGGUGCAGCGCUUAUUGUUACCGCUGAUGCCGGAUCAUUCUAUGACCCUGUGCCUGUCCUAACGUACCAAUGGGAUCCAGAGGAGCCAGCGAGAACACCGAACGGUUCCACGCUGUCGACUUUCUCCAAAUACGAUCUGUCACCCCAUCCAGCGGACCCUCAUGCAACUGCACUACUUACCUGGGAGGAGUCAAAAACUAAGGCUACAUCGAUUGACCAGACUCAACGCGUGGUGGGUCAGGAGAUAUAUGUGUACAGCGGACGUGGUGGGACAUUCACAUUCUGGCGAUUUCCAAUCCGCAUACAACUUGGGUAUAAUGAGCUGUGCAUCAAGUAUAGCAUUAAUGGAGGCAUGCAGCUUUCCUUUCAUGUCCCGACAAUUCAACAGAAUAUGCGCUGGGCUACCUAUUCUUGCAAUGGGUUUAGUGCUGGUGUCAAUCCUGAUGAUUUUCGAGGACCCGGCUUUAGGAGUGGGUAUGACCCGAUGUGGGUCGACCUCCUGCAACAGCAUUCACAGCAACCUUUCCACGUCCUGGUUGGAGGUGGCGACCAGCUCUAUUGCGACUCCUUAACCCGAGAGCCCGAGAUGCAAGAUUGGGUACACUCACAGAAUACAGCCGCUAAAUUAUCGUGUCCUCUCACACCCGAAAUCACCGAAUGCAUUGACCGAUUCCUUUUCAACCAUUAUUGUGCUUCGUUCAGACAUGGUGCAUUUGCCCGAGCCAACAGUUCUAUUCCUAUGCUGAAUAUGUGCGAUGAUCAUGAUUUGAUUGACGGGUUUGGAAGCUAUCCGGACGACUUACAGUCUUGCCCAAUUUUCCAAGCCAUCGGUGCUCGUGGUUACUUCUUCUUCUUGCUUUUCCAGUGCUUCAUCAAUCCCUAUUAUGACGGUCUCAGUGACAGGCCCGGUGAACACCCGUUCAAAUCGCUUGUUCUAGGAUUUCAGGGGCCGUUUGUUGGGUUGCCCUCACAUUCAUUCCUUGCACCCUUGGGACCAAAUGUGCAGAUUCUAAUGCUGGAUUGCCGCGCCGAAAGGAAAAAAGACACAGUUUGCAGCCAAGCUCAGUACAAGAAGAUUUUCGACUACAUCACACAGCUGCCAAGUGGUGUCGAGCACCUGAUUGUGCAACUCGGAAUUCCUAUUGCAUAUCCUCGCCUCGUGUUCUUGGAGACAGCGCUUGAAUCCAAGCUAAACCCACUGAUCGCAUUGGGCCGCACUCGUAACUUCGGUUUGGGUGGCUUGGUGAAUAAAUUCAACUCAGAUGCAGAAUUACUGGAUGAUCUGGUGCGAGUCAGACUAAACUGUGUUGAUCGCUCACUGGAAGUAUGCCUCAGAACGAUCACUGGACGGCAACUGGCGCACAAAAAAGAACGUAAUACCUUUAUCCAGGAACUUCAAGGUAUCGCAAAGAUGAAACGCCUUCGCAUCACCUUUUUAUCAGGAGAUGUACACUGUGCCGCUGUUGGCGUUUUAAAGACUUUAGCUGGGGGAAAGAACACGCCCGAAGUACCUCCUUCAGUAGACUUCCGGUAUAUGAUCAACGUCGUGACCAGCGCAAUUGUGAACACUCCUCCACCCGUUGGGGUUAUCACCAUGGUUUCCUCGUUGGCAACCAAAAUGCACAAGACACUUCACUAUGCCCAGACUGACGAAACGAUGAUGCCAAUUUUCACUCACGAUCCAGAUGGCACAUCGCGUGUCAAAAACAAGUAUAUCAUGGGUCGGCGGAACUGGUGUGCUGUGCGGUGGGAUAACAGAACGGGAGAAAUGAUAUUCGAUCUCCGCGUAGAGAAAGAGAAAGGCUUGGGCACCAGUGUCGGUUAUGAGGUGAAAGUCCCACCGCCGCAGUGGGCUCCAGGGCGCUAGGAUAGUCGGAAUGAUUUUUCACAUUCUAUCCGUAUCGUAUGCCAUUAUUUUCUGGCUAGUUUUUUGUAUGUAGUAUGCACUAUUAUUCGCUUUGUAUUUCUUGUCACAGCAAUUCUUCCAACUCAAGGUCUAUCGAUGGAACACCGUCCGACCUAUUUUCCGCGUCCAUAUUUCCGUACUGCUCACCCUCUCCGUCACCAACCUCCACUUCACCAUCCGCGUGAUCCGAUUCGUAUUCACUUCCUGCAUCAUGGACGCGAUAAUCAAUACUGGGCGUCGUCGUCGGCGCUGGGGAAUGGGCCAUCUCGAU